CAGCUAAGAAUUGGGAAUCUUUUGAAAUUCUUUUGUUGUUUGGGUCACUGAAAAUGACAGAAGAGCCAUUCCCGCCAAAAGGUUCUGCACACAGAGCUGUUCUAGUAAAAAACCUUAGUCCAGAAACCAAGGAAGAUGGUUUAGAAGAUUUCUUCUCGUUUUGUGGAAAGAUUACAAACAUUAAAGUUCGUGAGUCGCAACACCCAAGUGAAGAAGAACAAGGACAACAAUUGCCCCCUUCAAAGGAGGCUGUGGUAGUCUUUGAAUCUAGAUCUGCCCAACAAGUUGCUCUUUUAUUGAAUAAUGCUGUGCUUAACGAAAGGCAUAUUACAGUUACAAAAGCACCAGAGGACUGGAAUGCAGUAGGUGCUACUACACAGUCGCAAGCCAACUUGGAAGAGACAACCCAGGAACAGGUACCACGCUCACGUUCCUCCAUGGCAGAGGCAUUUUCAGAGUCUUUAAGAGCACUUGCGGAUGACGUAAAAGACCUCAACGAAAGACAUAAAAUACUUGAAACAGCGAAAGAAUUGAGCGCUGCUGCAAAAGAACAAGCAAGUGUUGCCAGAACCAAGACUUCGGAGCGUUUUGAAGAAUUGGAUGCAAAGUAUCAUAUACGUGAAAAAUUUGCGGACGCAGCAGAUAAAGGAAAAGGUGCAGCUUUAGAACUUAAUGAGCGUUUGCACAUUUCAGAAUAUGCAAAGAAAGUGGCUACAGCUGGACGUGAAGUAGCAAGAGACAUUGAUAGUCGCUUUCAAGUAAGCGAACAUGCCUCUAGAUUAAAGCAAAAGGCAAUGGAGAACGAAGGAGUCCAAGGCUUUUUGAGUGGAGUGAAGAGUUUAUCAGCUAAGGCGACUGAUUUAUAUCGCUCAAAGUUUGGUUCGAAAGGGAAUUCGAAUGCAGGAGAUACUUCUAGCUCUGAUCAUGGAGAAUACGAGUUGACGGAAACUCCGGCCAACUCAAGUGAGGAGAAAAACAUAUAAUGCCUAUGCAAUAUAAAUAUAAAUAUAUAUAUAUAUAAUAUAUAUUAAACAAAAACUUGGAUUA